AUGAACACGUACAAUGAAGACGGGACAUGGAGGACGGAUACAUACACUUACAAAGGAGUCAGUUUCCCGUGGUAUGCGCCACUAUCGAGUCUAAAAGCCAUGGACAGUUUUGAGGUGAGAAAGGACGAUGUGUGGAUCUGUACAUAUGCUAAAUCUGGCACAGGGUGGAUGGGUGAAGUUGUUUGGAGGAUAUUAUCAUACAGCGGCGCUAUUAAUACAGAAGAACCGUUGGACAAAUGUAUAUAUCCAGAUUUUCACUACCGCGGUCCACGACCUAAUUACGAAGUCAUAGCUGAGAUGCCUUCACCGCGGAUCGUUGCAACGCAUCUACUUCCCUCGUUUCUGCCGCCACAGCUGUUCGAUGUACAUCCAAAGAUUAUAUAUCUUGCUAGAAAUCCGAAAGAUAUUGCCGUAUCGUACCACCAUCAUUUAACUGUUUCACCAGUAUCUCCAUCUUAUAAUACUUAUCAAGAUUUUUUAGAUGAGUUUUUGAGUGGUCAAAUCAUACUAGGAGAUUGGCCAUCUCAUGUUACCUACUGGUGGAAGAAAAAGGACGAUGACAAUGUUUUGUUUUUGAAAUACGAAGACAUGAAAAAGGACUUGAGGAGAACAGUUGAAAUGAUAUGCAAUUUCCUUGGGAAAUCGCUAUCUACGGAAACGCUUGAAAGGAUAGCUGCAGAGUGCACUUUUAAAGAGAUGAAGAAACGCAAAGUGCGGGGUCAUAUCUGUGAUUUUUUAAAAAUUGACCCUUCAAUGUCACCAUUUGUGAGAAAAGGUAGAGUUGGUGGCUGGAAAGAACAUUUUACUGUUGCUCAGAAUGAAGCAAUUGAUAAAUGGUACGAACAAGCUGUUGAAGGAACAGGAUUAUCAUUUGAUUUUCUUCCAAAACAAAUCAGUUGA